UUUUUUUUUUUUUUCUUUCUUUUUCUUUACAUAACUCAGUGUUAUAAUGACUACUGAAGCACCAAAGACUGCUAAGCGUGAUAACCUUCGUGCUCUUGAAGAAAAAGCACGUAAACUUUGGGAUGAAGCAAAAGCAUUUGAAAUUAAUGCUCCCACUAUUGAAGAACAUCCUAACUUUGAGGAUCUUCAUCAAAAAUAUCCCAAAUAUAUGGCUUGUAUGCCUUUUCCUUAUAUGAAUGGUCGUCUUCAUUUAGGACAUGCAUUCACUUUCUCUAAAGUUGAUUUUGGCACUGGUUAUGAACGUAUGAAGGGUAAAAGAGCUCUUUUACCUCAAGGCUUCCAUUGUACCGGUAUGCCCAUUAAGACUAGUGCUGAUAAAAUCGCUCGUGAAAUCAAAAUGUUUGGUAAAAAUUUUGAAAAAUACGAGGAAUUAGCAGCAGCUAAUGCGCUCGAAAAGAAGGAAGUAGCAAAAAAUGUAAAGAGUAAAGUAGCUGCAAAGACAGGUAAUGUCACUUAUCAAUUCCAAAUUAUGCUUUCUCUUGGUAUUCCUCGCGAGGAAAUUCAUAAGUUUGCUGAGCCUUAUUACUGGACUGAAUAUUUCCCUCCUCAAACAAUUUCUGAUAUGACUGCUUUUGGUGCUAAGGUAGAUUGGCGUCGUUCUUUCAUUACUACAGAUGCCAACCCUUACUAUGAUUCAUUUGUUCGCUGGCAAAUGAGAAAGUUGAAGCAAAUGAAUAAGGUUAAAUUUGGCGAACGUUAUACUAUUUACUCUAUUGUUGAUAAUCAACCUUGUAUGGAUCAUGAUCGUGCUUCUGGUGAAGCUGUUGGUCCUCAAGAAUACACUGGUAUUAAGAUGAAGGUUAUUGAAUGGUCAAAGCCUGCUCAAGAAGCCCUUUCUCAAUAUGCUGAUGCUCUUAAGGGUAAAAACAUUUAUUUAGUCGCUGCUACCCUUAGACCUGAAACCAUGUACGGUCAAACUAAUUGUUUUGUUGGCCCUGAUCUUGAAUAUGGUAUUUACAAUAUUAAUGAUACUGAUGCCUAUCUUUGUACUUAUCGUGCUAUUCGUAAUAUGUCACAACAAAAGAUUUUUGCUAAUGGUCGUACUGAAAUUGAGAAGCUUGCUGAAAUUAAGGGUGCUUCUGUUGUUGGUACUAAGAUUCACGCUCCUUUGAGUGUCUAUCCUUCUGUCUAUGUACUUCCUAUGGAAACAGUUUUAUCUACUAAGGGUACUGGUGUUGUUACCUCUGUUCCUUCUGAUUCUCCUGACGAUUUUGCAACAUUGUCUGAUCUCAAGAAGAAGCCUGAAUACUAUCAUAUUGAUCCUGAAUGGGUUAAGGACUUUAACCCUAUUCCUAUCAUUGAUACACCUAACUAUGGUAACCUUAUUGCUCCUAAGCUUUGUGAAAUCAAGAAGAUCAAUUCUCAAAAGGAUCGUAAUCAACUUGCUGAAGCUAAGGAAAUUGCUUAUAAGGAAGCCUUCUAUCAAGGUGUUAUGUGUAUUGGUGAUUUUAAGGGCAUGAAGGUUCAAGAAGCUAAACCUAAGGUUAAACAAGAGUUGAUUAACUCUGGUGAAGCCUUUGUUUACAAUGAACCUGAAAGUCUCGUUAUUUCUCGUUCUGGCGAUGAAUGUGUUGUUGCUCUCUUGGAUCAAUGGUAUAUUGAUUACGGUGAAGAGGAAUGGUUGGCCAAGACUAAGAAAUGUUUGAGUCAAAUGAAUACCUUCACUACUGAAACUAGAAACCAAUUUGAAGCAGUUUUAGAUUGGUUAAAUAAGUGGGCCUGUGCCCGUAGUUUUGGUUUGGGUACUAAAUUGCCUUGGGAUGAACAAUUCUUGGUCGAAUCUCUUUCUGAUUCUACCAUUUACAUGGCUUAUUACACUAUUGCUAAUCUUUUGCAUGGUGGUUCCUUGAAUGGUAGUAAGGUUGGCCCUGCUGGAAUUAAGGCCGAGCAAAUGACAGAUGCUGUAUGGGAUUAUAUCUUUAAGCUCGGUGAAUAUCCCGCUGAUUGCGGUAUUCCUCAAGCUACACUCGACCGUUUGAGACGUGAGUAUGAAUAUUUCUAUCCUUUAGAUCUUCGUGCUUCUGGUAAGGAUCUUAUUCCUAAUCACUUGACCUUCUUCAUGUAUAAUCACACUGCUAUUUUCCCUGAGGAAAUGUGGCCUCGUGGUGUUCGUUCUAAUGGUCACUUAAUGCUUGAUUCCAAGAAGAUGUCCAAGUCUACUGGUAACUUUAUGACUAUGAAUGAUGCUAUUCAAAAAUAUGGUGCAGAUGCUACACGUUUUGCACUUGCUGAUUCUGGUGAUUCUGUUGAGGAUGCUAACUUUGAAGAUUCUACUGCUAAUGCUGCUAUUUUGCGUCUCCAUACUCUCUUGGAAUGGGCCGAAGAACAAGUUGCUAAGUCUGAUUCUCUUCGUACCGGUGAAUACAACUUCUUUGACAAGAUUUUUGAUAACGAAAUGAAUAAGUUCAUCACAAUCACCGAAAAGGCUUAUGAAGCUACCUACUAUCGUGAUGUUCUCAAGUUUGGCUGUUAUGAAUUCCAAGCUGCUAAGGAUGCUUAUCAACAAGCUUCUGUUGAUGUUGGUAUGCAUAAAGACCUUAAAGAUAGCUUAAUUGUCAAUGCACGUUUCCCUGAACCUAGUGCACCUGUUGAUGAAGUCCUUGAUGCUGCUACUCGUUAUAUUCGUAAGACAAUUAAGGCCAUUCGUGAUGCUGAACUUAACUUAUUGAAGAAGAAGAAGAAGAGUAAGAAUGGCGAAGGUGAAUAUAAGCCCAAGGAGCCAAAGUCUCUUAAAAUCUAUGCUGCUACCAAGUUCCCUGAAUGGCAAGAAACCUGUUUGACUGUCAUGAAAGCUAACUACAAUGAUGGCCAAUUUGAUGAUGUCAAGAUUCGUCAAGAGCUUGGUGCUCAGGGUGUCUUGAAGAACAAGAAAGUAAUGCCAUUUGUUCAAGAACAAAAGAAAUUGAUUCUUAAAGAUGGCCCUGAAGCCUUCAAUCGUACAUUAAUCUUUAAUGAAAUUGAAAUGCUUGAAAAGGCCAAGGAAGAGUUUAAGCGUGCUCUUGGUUUCCAUACAAUCACUAUUUUAGGACAUGAUCAAUGGACAGAAGAGGAUGUGAAGGCAGCUGAAAGUGCGGUUCCUGGUGCUCCUUCUUUCAAUUUUAAGAAUGAACCUCAACCCUAAAAAAAAGAAAAAAAAGAAAAAAGAGAGAGAAAGAAAAAGAUUUCACCUCUUUUGUCAAAAAUAUUUGUAUUUUAAUUUUUAUUACACGAUACAUUUCGUUUACAUUCACCAUUUCAUCAUAUAUGUGCAUGCAUAUAAAUUAUUAGAAAUAAUAAAACUUUAUAUACU